AUGGCACGGUUAAAUGACGAUAGUCAACACGACGCAUCAACAGACAUCCUAAGCCCGCAACCAUUCACCCCUCAAGGCAAAGGCUUCCUCGUUUCGUCGCUCGAAUCAAAACACAGCAAUGCCCAAAUGUCCAACCACGAUUAUGAAUACAACUCCUCAUCAUCCUCAACCCGCCACUCAACAAGCGACGUCUUCGGCCAUGAAAUGGACGAGGAGCUAGAACACCUCAAGUCUAGAGCCUCGAGUCGCUCAUCGCUAUCUUCCAUCCCGGCUUCCGUCCUUAUCCACCCAGUCGACCGCAUAAAGCAAAUGAAACAAAUGCCCGACAUGGAUAUUCACGAGAAGAUCGCCGGCUAUAACAAUAGGGAAGAGUCGGAGGCUAGCUUUGGUGAUUUCAACGAGGUCCCUGCUAAUAUUCGCACUAUCCGACAGCGCGAAGCGGCAUUCCGGAAACCGAGCUCCGUUAGAGCUUUACAGAUGCAUACAGAAGACGAGGCUGAUGAUGAUGACUACUUGACGCCGCCGCGCCGACGGGCAGGUCUACGCUCGCCAGGCUCUUCCCCCUUGAAGCGUUCCCCAUACUACUCACCUAAUGGGUCUCAGAGCAAGCCGAAAGCCAAGAAGGAGAGGGAGCGAGAGAAGGAAAAAGAGAAAGAGAAAGAAUUCCCUCUGGUCCUCCUACACUGCACCAUACUUUCACCAUCAAUUCCCGUCCCCGGAGCCACAGACCCCCGAAACCAAGAUAUUCUCGAAGAAACCCUACCACCAGAAUACUGGAAGCGAUGGCGGCGACUCCAAGAUCGAGUCGGAUCAGGCGUUCUCCGCGAUAGAGGCGUCCUAAUCUCGCACCCAGAAGACCUAUACGACAUGCUCGAAGAAAGACUCCUAGAAAGCCUAGAGCUGCAACGUCCCCGCCUGCAAAACGGGCACUUCCUCGGCCGCGAGGAAAACGACACAGCCUCCGAACGCGAGAUGUCCGAUGUCGGCGAAAGCGAAACAGACGGCGAACAAGGCGACGCCUGUCCAGACUGCGGCAGCCACGUCCGACACGGCGACAGCAACCGCAAAUGGGAGAUCCGCGUCUUCGCCGCGAAUGGGCUCUUGCGCGCGGGUGCGUGGGCUGCUGCGUGGCGCGAUAUGGAGAAGGUCGAUGUCGAGGUUGGGCUUUGGUUGCCGUCUGAUGUGCGGCGUGCUUUGGAACGACGGUUGGGCGAGGAGUCGAUGGCUCUUACGCAUACGCAUGGCAGAUCUAUGUCUAUGUCUAUGUCUACGCCACAGAUGGGAUCGCCUUCGCUGCUUGAUGCUGAUAAUCGGGUUAUUCCCGAGAUGAUGCAGUCGCCUAUGCCUGGGUAUGUGCGUAUGGUUUCUGAUGCUGGGUCUUUCCAAUCGGAGGCUGUGCUUUCUCGACAGGCUCUUCUUGAAGGCCGGAGGGAUUCUGUGUCGGAGUUCCGGCAUGAGAAGGUGGAGCGGCGGCAGCAGGGGCAGCAGCAGGGGGAGCAUCAGGUUGCGUUGAGGGUUCUCAUAGUUAAUUACCUCCGUGUCCUUGCUGCUGACCGGCGCAACGUUGCGCUUGUUUUGUUAAGUGUCCUCGUGGCUUUUCUUGCCAUUGGCUCCGUUCAGCAGCAGUUGCCGCCGUCUUUUGAUACCCGUCCCUUGCCCCGGGAUUUGGGGUAUGAUGUGCUGGAGCCUAUGGUCGUAUCCAGUACCAGCGUUGCUUUGGCGCCUUCUGUUCCCGUUGCGAGCUCGAUUGCUCCUAUACCGACUGUUGACUCUACGCCUCGUACUGGAGACUUGGACGAAGAUAAGUCUUUGUCAUCUGAGACGCCGAAGCCGGUUACUUCCUCUGUUGAACCGUUUGCGCCCACGGAGGCCGCAGAGACCUUCGCAGCACCCGAGGUGCUGGAGACACCUGAACCCGAAGGUGAAGAGCUCCCGGAAUCAUCUAAGUCUUCUCUCAAUUCUGCUGGAACUUCCGUUGCGCCCACUGAGUCUUCCGAAGUUGUGGACGAGGCCCAGGUACUCGAGACCGCUCAAUCUGAAAUCGAAGACACGGAGGAACCCACUUCGCCUUCGACCGACUCUGUUGAACCCCCGCCGCAUCUGUCGAGCCGACGGGCCCACCUCAGUCCCAAUCAGAGGAACUAG